AGGGACCAGGAUGCCUCCUGAGGGCAAGAUUAGCUGGUGCUACUUUGCAUGGUGUAGGCUUUGGAGUGGGGGGAAGAGGAGGAGGAGCAGCAGCUACUGCCGAAGCCUAUAUUUACUCUUGGGAGACUCAUGGGCAAAAUCCGUUUAAAUGCUUUUUAAGAGAUCUCAGAUCCCCAGCAGCAACUGUGCCUCGGGGUGUUGCAAAAGCUCAGAGUUCACCGGCGAACCUCCCUGACAUUACAUCUAGCCACCAGGAAGGAGGAAGGCUUCGGGACCUGUGUGUUGCAUACUUAAAAACUAUACCCCCCCUUCUGACAGAGACUUGAGAAGCAAGAUCCUCCCUCGGUGGUGACGAUGAAUGGCUACUUGGAUGAACUGGACAUCACAGUAGUGGAGGAGGGCUUUACCACCAAGGACCUUCUGGAGGGCCUCCUAAAAGAGGCUUCCCAGAGCGGUAGCCAAGAAGCCUUCUUUGUGGCAGAUCUUGGAGAUGUGGUGAAGAAACAUUUGCGCCUCCUCAAAGCUUUGCCCCGUGUCAAGCCCUUCUAUGCUGUGAAAUGUAACCGCAGUAAGGGAGUGGUCCAGAUGCUGGCAAGCCUGGGGGUUGGAUUUGGAUGCACCAGUAAGCCAGAGCUGGCACUGGUGAAAAGUGUCGGAGUCUCAGUGGACAGAAUCAUCUGCACGGGCCCCUGCAAGCAGAUGUCCCAGAUCAGAUAUGCAGCCAGCCAAGGAGUGCAGCUGAUGACUUUCGAUAAUGAAGUGGAACUCGGGAAGGUAGCGAGGAGCCACCCAACUGCUAGAAUGAUUUUGAGUCUGGCAACUGAUGAGUCCAAGUCCCCUGGCUGUCCAAGUGUGACGUUUGGUGCCACCCUGAAAUCCUGCCGGCAUCUCCUAGAGACUGCAAAGGAUAUGAACAUGGAGGUGGUUGGAGUCAGCUUCCACAUCGGAAGAGGCUUUACCGAUACUCAGAUCUUCACUCAGUCCAUAGCAGAUGCUCGCUUGGUCUUUGAAAUGGGUGCAGAAUUGGGCUACAAGAUGCGCCUCUUGGAUAUUGGAGGUGGAUUUCCUGGUGCCAAAGAAGCCAAAGGAUGCUUUGAAGAGACAACAACUGUGGUCAACUCUGCAUUAGACCUGUAUUUCCCAGAAGGCUGUGGGGUGGAGAUCAUUGCAGAACUGGGACGCUACUACGUGGAUUUGGCCUUUACCUUUGUGGUCAACAUUGUUGGCAAGAAGGAAGUUCCCCUGGACCAACCAGGCUCUGAUGAUGAGGAACCUGGAGGCAAGAAGAGCUUCGUCUACCACCUGAACGACGGCGUCUAUGGCUCGUUCAGUUCUGUCAUCUUCAACAACACAUGCCCUGUCCCAGUCUUGCACAAGAAGCUGUCUCCUGAUCCCCCCUUGUACAACAGCAGCCUCUGGGGUCCUACGGGGGAUAACCUGGACCGCAUUGCAGAGGGCAUGGAACUCCCUGAACUGCAUGUUGGAGACUGGCUGAUCUUUGAGACCAUGGGGGCCUACACGGGACCAGCUUCUUCUUCUCUCAGCGGAGAGCAGCCAGCACGGAUCUACUAUGCCAUGUCUAGGGUGGCUUGGGAAGCAGUCCAACUCCUGCAGGGGAAGCUGCUCCUGCCGGAAGAAGAGGACCAGGAGAGCACAUGUGCCCCAUUGUCUUGUGGCUGGGAGAUCACGGAGACCCUGUGCGUGACUCCUGUCUUUGCUCCAGCAAGCAUCAUGUGAGCUGCACAUAUCAGUCACCACCAGGGAGGGGAGACGGUCCUCCCAACAGAUUUCUGCCACACUUCCUCUCUCAACAGCCUUCCUGCCUCCUUGAGUAGGAGCUUGUCCCCCCUCCCAAUGCUGUGUGGUUUUUAAGUAUGCAACAUAAAUCCUGUUCCUCCUGACGCAUGGUCUUGCUGCUGUGUUUAUCUGCAUGCACCCACGAUCCCUCACUACUAUCCUGCGCUGGCCAGGAUCCCCCUCCUUGAACCCAAUGGGUUGGAGUGGGGUCAGUCAACCCUCCCUGACUCCUUUGGAAAUUUCUAGCAUAGCCUGGCUCAUGAUGGCCUUGUGUCUUCACCUCACUUGACAGCAGAUAUUCACAGGGGCAGGCAGGGGGACUUUUAAAAAAUGCAUUCUUGAUGUCACUUUGUUACACUGUUUCCAGGCUGGUUCUAAUCAACACAUCCUCAAACUUGAGAACCACCCCGCCCCACCGCCUGUCCCAUUUUUACAUCUGUUUGCAGCCCACUGUUCAUAAGGUUGCCUGGCAGAGGUGUUAUAAGUCCUCUGGCUAGCUGCCACGCUUUAUUUAUUUAUUUGCUUUAUUUGUAGUUCACCUUUCUCACUGAGGUGGAUCAUAUAGUGUGGCCCAUUAUGCAUGGAAUACUUAUCUCGGGGCUUUUCAGGGGCUCUUCAGUGCACAGUGGGCUUGCAGAGGAAUCUCCUCUCGUUUUUCUAUUUACACAUGAGGAGCCAUUGUCUGCCUGCUCUGAAGCUAGCUUGCUGGUCUCAGUGGGCCUCUGCAGCUUUUCCUGCUUCUCUUAACUCCGCCUAUCAAUUCCUCUUAAAGGCACAGAUCUCAUCACACCCAUAAUUGCAAGAUAAAGGGCACUGUUAAAGCACUUUAAAUUGCAUUUAUAUCGACAUGCCUGUGAUAGCAAGCAUGUCAAUAUUGUAGAUCCUUUCCUGGCGUAACCCCCACCAAAAAAAGAAAGAGGCAAAGCCAUUCCCUGGACCACACACUGCUGAAGAUGGGGACUUUGUACAAAAUCCCCCUUCUCUUCUACACUCUCUCUCUCUCUCUCUCUUUCUCUCUCCCUGCCGCUGCUGCAACCAGAAAAAUUGUGUUAAAAUGCAGCCUUGUUUGAAUAAAGUUGCAAAAAGCCCUCCUGAUCAUCAGGGAGGGCAGAAGCAGAGCAGUGUGGGGGGUGGGGUAAGGGCAAAAAGUGACCCUGCUUGUGUUGUUCUUAUCAGUGUAUUGCUACAAGUGUUGCACGGAUCUGCAACCUGUGUGCUAAAAAAAAAGAUGGGGGAGGUCAUCACCUUUGGAUCAGAACAGAACAAUGCAUUGUGGAUAUGUAUUCCCUCUACCCAGAGGUUCCGAAAGAGCCCAGAGAAAUGUUGGGAGUUUUUGGCAACAAAUACAACUGUCAGGCUUUAGAAAAGCCCCUUGAAUUGCCCUUUUUCUUCUGUGGUGGGUCCCUCAACUCCUGUAUGAGGAACAGAAAUCUACUACACCCCCCAUUUCCUUUCACUGCAUUUCCACUCCCAGGGAAAAGGUUCAGUUGUUGAAUUUCAACUUGGCAUAUUGACAUUAAAGAUACAAGAACUCUGUGUACCUAUGUAAACACCAUCAAGUCGCAACUGAUUUAUGGUGACCUCAACAAGGGUCUUUCAAGGCAAGUGAGAAGCAGGGGUGAUUUGCCAUUGGCUUCCUUGGUGGUCCCCAAGUACUGAUCCUGCUUGGAUUCCAAGAUCUGAAGAGAUCCCCAUCUGUAUCAUGCCAUGUUCCCUCCUACAGGAGAUCUACCAGAAAGAACAGGUGGCAACCAAAGAGAUUUCCACCUGUUAGUGAAUAUCUGGUGCAGUUCAGUGUAUAGCAUCCUCUCGAUUACAGAUGCGUAUGGAUGUCCUGAAUACUGUUUCCACACAUACCCCAAAAGGAGUUUGCACAGAUCUCUGUAGGAGGCUUGUAUGCUUUUUGUUGGAUCUGAGCUACUCCCUCACCACAUCUGAAGCAGUAAGCCCCCACUGGCCACAUUAAAGAGGAAUGUCCAUAUCAAUUUGCACUCAUUCUGGGUGUGAUUUAUGGCUUUCUUGGAGUUUCCUCUUUGAACUGGAGGAAAAAAUAAACUUGUUUUUCUCUUA